AUCUUCAGUUAAGCUUCGAACUUUUACCAGGCAAGUCGUGUCUGCGGCUGCAACCAUUGGCAGUCACUUGAGAAGUUCACAACGCGGCUGAAAACGUUAACGGAAUUUUAAAACCGAGAGCGAAGAAAACAGCAACUGCAUCAUUUGCAUAAAGCAAAUAGAAAACGUAACGAAAAUAACUUGGGCCAAAGUUGAUUUGGAUUAAGUGUUGUUAUUUCGCGUCGCAUAACUGACAUUUUUUCGCGCGCUCCCAUUUUUUCUGGACCAAUUCCAGCGGUAUCGCGUCUGUUUCGUAAGAAAAUAGUGCAUUGAUAUCGGAUUGAUUGAGAAAACAAUAACAGUUGAAUAAAUAUCGUAUCUGGAACUCCCGAGUGAAUCAUGAGAGUCUCGUUGGCAUUGUGGGGCACUUUGUGCCUGUGGGUGGUCACUGCGAAUGCACAAGGAUUUAUACCACCACUCAAUGCAGGGCUUCACAAUGGGCCGCCCUUUCACAACUCGCAGCGCCGCCAGCUGAACGUGCAGCAGUACAAUCAGCAAAGCUUUGUCCAGGCGGGAGUGGAGCUGCCAAUUCCCCACCGUGGCCACCAGCAACACACGCAUCUGCAUCACCAACAGCUCCCGCAGCAACAUCGCUUCGGGCAGUUCCCACAGCAGCAGCAACAUCAGCCGCUGCAGCAGCAACAGCAGCCCCACAACAAUCAGCAGUUCCAACGCUCGACCCAAAACCAAUUGCAGACGGCUCCCCAAUUCCCGCAGCAGCAACAGCAGUUGCCCUCAUCCGCCGCUGGUAUAGAUUUGCAUCACCAAAACUUCUUGGACUUGCGCAACUUUGCUGGCUCCCAGCAGCAACAUCAACAGCAACAGCAACAUCCCCAGCAACAGCGCCACAAGCAAUUCGAUUCCCGAUUGCAAUCCACGGCUUUUCCCCCUCAGCCCUCGCCGGAAACCUACCAGCAACAGCAAUUGCAUCAGCAGCAGCAACAGCAGCAGCAGUUUGCCUUCCAGCAACCACAGCAAUUCGGACCCCAAGUUCUGCCCCAGACUACACAAAAGCUGCCCAGCCAGGCGCCAGUGCCCACUUUCCAGACCAUUCCGCAGCAGCAGCAAAGCCAGUUUAACUACCAGCCGCAGUCCAGCCAGCAGCAAUAUCAGCUGACUCCGCAGUUGGGACUGCCGGUGCCGCAGAUCUUCAGCAAUGUGCAGGCCACACCCUUCCCGGAGCCCACCAGGGGAACCUUCCAGCAGCAACCGCAGCAGCAACUGCAGCAGCAACCGCAGCAGCAACAACAGCCCCAAUUCCAGCACCAAUUUGUAAAUGCCCCUUCGCCCGUUCAACCGCAAGCCCAACCAGCUGACCAGGAGUACAAACAAAAACUGAUCCAAAAGCACGAGCAGUUUGUGGCCAAACAGUAUGAGAAAUCACAGCAUAAAGUGCGUCAGCAACACGAAGAGUUCCUGGUCAAGCAGCACCAGAUCAAGCAGCACAUUCUGCCCACAAUUGUGACCCAGCACAAUGGCAACUACCAGAACUCUCCCUAUGUGGCGGCACCGGCACGUGGCCGACCAGUGGCCCAUCCCACGGAGUACAAUCAGUUCAACAGUGCCCUGCAGCAGUAUUACAAGGAGCACCCGACGACGACAACGACCACCACGACAACAACCACAACUACUGAGGCCACCACCACGCCCAAGAAGAAUAUCUUUGCGCAGGUGAAAUCGGAAUUGGGAAAAUAUCCCAGUCAGAAGUCGGGCAAGAAGCCGGUGAAGACGAUUGCCCGAGAUGAUCUGCUCAAGCAGCUGAAGGCAGCCUUGUCCGAGGCACCACAACAACCACUGACUGGCAACAAGACAUACGACGAGAUGGACUUGGUACUGCCCAAUGGACAGCGGGUUCAGGUGAUCCGCACCACGGAUCCCAAUUUGGUUCAGGGUCAGAAGGCCUACUCGCAGGAGCAGCUGCAGACACUGUUGGCCCAACAGGCCCUGGGUGGCGAUGCCAAGCUCAGUUUGACCGAUGUGGCUCCCACCAAGAGUAAGGAUCUUGAGCUGCCUGGUGGCGGAAAGGUGCAGAUCCUGCGAUCACCCGAUCCCCAGGAGUCGGACACACUGCCCAGUGGUUCGCUGCCCGGUGGCGUGGACCUCUCCAGCUUGGCCGCCCUCUACGGCGGUGGAGCAGGUGACAUUCAGGGCAUCAGCAGUGGGGCAAACAGCAUUGCCAGUUCCGCUGUCAUAACCUCCGAUUCGGAUGAGCCACCAUCGCUGGAAGAGCUGGCCAAGCGCGGACUCAUUCCCGAUGGCUAUGAGAUCGAGGGCUUGACCUCCAAAUCACAGGCAACGGCCACCGCUGCACCGCCACCCACUCUGCCGCCCAAAAAGAAGGCCACCUAUGUGUAUCUCGAGGAGCAGGCCGAUGGCAGCUUCAAGAUUCAAGGAGUCAAGGCUAACGGUGAGAAGGAGACCAAGCAAACUGGUUCGGAGGUGGAAAGUAUUCUGGAGAGGAUUAGGAGCGGUGAGAUUAAGCUGCCGCCUUCAGUUUCACGUUUGACUUUGCCCAACGAUGAGCUGGUUGAGAUCAAGAGCGGCAAGAUUAUUCAGACCACCCGUGCGCCAACGACCACUUCUACAACCACCACCACAACAACCACUACUCCCACACCAUUUGUUUCCCGCGGAACACCCAGCAACCACAGGCAAUAUCAUCCAUCGAGGACUUCGACAACAACCACAACCACUACUAGCACACCAACCACAUCGCGCCACAAUUUGAUUUUUGAGAGCAGCACCAGCCGUGCAAAUGCCGCUAGUCUGAUCCGCACCACUCCAGCUCCCAUUUACGGUGGAUCCACGGUGACAGUUUCUCCAUAUCUGGAAGGUGUGUCCACCCACUUGCCGGUGGUGACCGAACGGCUAUCCGAUUUGGCCAACACUCCUGAGUUGCUGCCGCCAGUGCCCCAAUAUGCCGAUGCCCUUGUCCAGGAGACGGAGAACACCGAGAAGGCGGCACAGGCCAGUCCGUCAACUGGAUCUGUACUGUCCAAUCCCAGCGAGGAUCUGCUGCAGAUCCUCAAGACCAACGGACUCUUCGCCAUGGCCAAAUAUCUGAGGCAGUCGGGCCUGGACAGCAUUCUCAACGAGACCGGCCCUUACACCAUCUUUGUGCCCACCGACAAGGCCUUCAAGAAUCUACUGGUGCAGUUGGGAGGACCUGAAAGGGCCGAGGAGAAGUUCCAGUCAAAUCCCAGAUUACUGAGCGGGCUGCUGCUCCACCAUGUGAUCCCCGGAGCCUUUGAGAUAGCCACUUUGCAAGACGAGAUGACUGGCGUUUCUCUAGCCGGAACCCAGUUGCGCGUUAAUCAGUACAACAUGCAUGACCAGGAGUGGAACGAUGUGACUCUCACCACCAUCAAUGGAGCCAUGGUUGUGCUGAACAAGAAGGACAUUAAGAUCCCCCAGGGAGUAGCCCACGCCGUCGAUCGCGUGAUGUUCCCACUGCCCGUUGGAGAUAUUCUGCAAACCCUGCAGUCUGAUCGCGAAGGUCGCUUCAGCAAUUUCCUCAAGAUUUUGUACACCUCUGGACUGUCCGAGAAGCUGCAGAGCAAGGGUGUCAAGACCUACACGGUUUUCGCUCCUGUGGACAAGAGCUUUAGCGAACUGGAUUCGGACACUCUGGAAAAGCUCUACAACGACAAAGAGGCCGCCGAGCAGUUCGCCAUGAAGCACAUAGUUCCCGGAGCACUUUUCUCCGCCGGCAUGCGUUUCUACCAGGUUAAGGACUCGCUGUCUACGGGCAAAACCGUUAUCCUGCAGAAAACGUCCGCCGGCAAGAUCAAGGUGAACGAUGCCCAGAUGGUCACAUCGAAUAUCCCAGCCACCAAUGGAGUGAUCCAUGCCCUGGAUGGGGUUUUAGCGUGAAGAGAUUAGAGCUGCGGGGGACUGAGCGGCCCUUCUUCAAGCAGUUUUUGUUUAAGCCUUAAGAUUAGUUUAAGCGAGGAGGAGUUUCAUCAAUCACAUCCAAAAUUGUUAGAGAAAUCUUGCCAAAGUCCAGGACUGGACUUAAGAAAUUACAAUUCUUUAUAGAACUGGUGCGAAUCCAUCGAGUGUAAGUGAUUACGCAUUGAUUUGGUGCUUCCAUAAACUUUUCUGUAUUUUUUCUUUUUCGCCUUCAUAAAACAGUCAUUACAAAUAGUUCAAUUUAAGAAAGGAGCAGAGAAUGUAUAAAAAAACCAAGAGAAGUGAAAUCUGAUUGGGAUCUAAGCUAAGUUCACAUAUAAUUUAUUUUUGGCAUUAAAUCCAAUGCAAAUUAAUUUACAAAAUUCUGUAAAAUAAAUAAAAUAUAGU